AUGGCUUGGAGGAUUCUGCUUUUGCUGGCGCCCACAACUGGCUUUUCCCAUGAUUUGCAUAUCAGGGACAACAUUUCGAUACCCAUCCCACCCGGUUUCACUGCUUUGUCGCCGUCCUUGCCGGGCAAGCUUGUUGUGACGAGUUUCGAAGCAACGCCCUUCAUUGGCAAGAAUGGUGUCUUCAUGGCUGAUGUUGGCAAGACCUCUGGCCCUGCGCAGGAACUCCCGGGAAGCAAUGCGAUUAACUGGCCCAAUAGCAUCACCGUGGUUGGAGCGGAGGUCUUUGGCUUCCCAGCGGUGGCUUUGGGUGAUGGCUUCCUCGUGCCUUCACACACCACAGGUGGUGUUUGGAUCAUGGAGGCCUCCCCAGAGCCGCAGACCUUGAAGCAACCAGAUGCUUGGAAGUUAAGGGAGGUAUAUAAUUGUUUUACAAGCUCGCAUGAAUGUGUUGCGCUUUCGCAUCAUCUGAGUUGUUGUGAUAUUUCAUUUGACAUGGCACCUUUGGGCACCAGAAGUGCCUUGGGCAUCCUUGGGCUGUUUCUGCAGGGCCAGCGUCAGAUACUGACUGAGGUGAAGAUUUCCCAAGACAGAAGCGGCUGGUUCUACCACCAGGCUCACUUCGUUGAUAUUGAUGGCGACGGCUUACUAGACGUGGUCACAGCCAGAUGCCAGUAUGCUGUGUGGCCAUGGGCGAAGAAACAGGGCGAGCUGGUCUGGUUGAAGCAGCCCUCAAAGGAUGCAUUGUCCGGGGACUCUUGGCAAGAGCAUCCCAUGGGUGAAGGUCCAGACUUCCUUUUCUGCGUGAGACCUGGAAAGCCCUUCUCCUUGGUCGCGCCCGAGUUCAUUACUGGCCAGGUCGUGUACUGGUUCAUGAAGGACAAGAAGAUGAAGAAGAGGGUCUUGGACACUAGCAUUGGCCCUGGUUUCUCUUGCUCCUGGAGUGACCUCAAUAAUGACGGGCAUUUGGACCUGCUAGUCACCAAUCAUGCGAUGCAGAAUGGCUCUGUCUUUGCUUACACCUUCAGCAGUGAUGACAUUGAGACUGCCAGCAUUUCCCGUCACAUUCUAGCUUCAGGCUUCACACCCAGCAAGGUGAAGAAGGGCAACGGCUCUCCAGGUGAUGCUUUGCCCUUUCAUCCUUUGCUCAAUGAAACUGGCACCAAGCCACAUAUUUUUGUCUCCGGCGACAACUCGAACAGCAUUUUCCUGCUGACUCCGAUUUCGCAGUCUUCCGACAAUUGGACAUACCACAAGGAGGAAGUUGCAGACUUGGGGGCAGACAUUGGUCGCCCUUCCAUCGGAGAUGUGGACAAUGAUGGCUUUGCAGACAUUUUCGUACCUUUGUACAAUGCAAAGGAAGUUGCUCACUACACCUUCGUGAGUUUGGCGGUACAGAUUCUGAAAAGAGAAGCACAAGAUAAAGCGCUGCACGCCUUCACCAUAGGAUCAUCAGCGGUUAUCAGCGGCCAUCAGGCCAAAGGUACUUUGCUGGCGGAUCACGUGCAUGACUUCAGGGUGGGGAGGUCUGCCAUGAAGCACUUGCAUUUUGCAGUCUUGGGCUUUGGAAGCUCUGUGUAUGUCAGAACCUCGGCACAGCGCCAUCCAGGCAUUGCGGUGUGUGUUGGAAUCAUUAUUGAACUGAAGUGA